AUGUUCCAGGAAUGCCGCGCUGUCUCCAGCUUUGCACAGAGGUCCUUCUGGUCGUUUCGGCACAGUGGGGCCAUUGGUAGAGUCCUGAUUCCGGCUGGCCAGCGCUACGCAUCCUCCACAUGCAGAACGCUAGGCCAAGACAGACCUGCUGCUGAGCCUAUGGCAGACAGGCCUGUUGUGCUCGAUGUGGCAGCACCAGAUGACUCACUCGAAGCGCUGUUGGGGAAGAACGUGCGGCUGCAUGCCAAGCUUCAAACAAUGCAGUGGCCGCCGUUGAGUUUUUUUGUGGCAAAUCGUUGCAGGUAUACAUUGCCCUGGAACCCGCACGGGCAAUCUGCUACUUGCAGUCCAAGCUCCACUGCCGAGCUGCAAUAUUUGGCAGGGCUCUUUGACGGUGAUGGGAGCUGCGUCAUGGACAGGGGAACCCUGUACAUCCAGGUAGCGCAAACAUUCGAUGCUGCAGCGGGUCUACUUCGUUUCCAGUCUGCCUUCGGUGGUGGGAUAUAUCGGAAGGGUGACGGGCUUGGUCUUCACAAGCCGAUGCUUUAUUGGCGGGUAGCGGGCUGCAACGCCCGCCAGGCUGCCCAGUAUCUGGCUCGGCACAGCAUUGUCAAAAGGAAGCAACUUGAACUAGGCGUCAACUUAUCCCAGCGCCCCUCGCGCAUGCCGCCAUUGCUCCAGGAACUUAAAACACUGAAGCGAUGCGACUCUGCUGUCGAGAGCUCAUGCACAUGGGAGUAUGUCGCAGGUUUCUUCGAUGCUGAAGGAAGUAUACAUCAAAUUGGAAAAGCGGCCCUUAAGCUUAGCAUUGCGCAGAAAUUUGGCACCGUCUUGACAUGCCUGUGCAAGUUUGUGAACAGCGAGAUGGGCGUACAUCUGAGCGUGACAGCCUGCCGCAAUCAGGGCUCUCAGAAGUUAAACAUUCAUACUACGUCUAUUUGCAAAGACGUUUUAAGAAACAUGCUUAAUGCUGGGCUGCUCCGAAAGGCACGGCCCGCUCGAUUAGCCCUAGACCUUAGCCCGGACAAUGCCGAGCAAACUCGCGCAGCACUCUAUGAGACGACCGGGAACCAGCAGUUUCUGAAAAGGCUAGACGGCGAUGGACAUCAGAGGGCUCGUAGAAUAAUCAAUGCACAGAAUGCGGCCAGACGUGCGGCGCAGCGAGGGCAGCUGGAAGAGAGACUUGCCACUUUGCGGCAAGUGGAGGAACUCAAGGCCAACCAUGUUUUGGAGAAGGCUCGUCUCGAGAACAGCAGGCUGCACGAAUACAUCUCCGGGGUCCAGCACUUGCAGCAAGACGGUCUACCCGCACUACCUAUGCUGGAUCAGGUUGCGCUCUAA